AUGCUCAGACAGACCUUGAGCGGCGUCUUCGCCUUGGUUCCUGCCAUGAUUCGAGCGAAAGUGUCUCUCGAUCGUGUAGAUGAGUUCCUGAAGAAGACCGAGCUGCUCGAUGAGUUCUCUCCGGAUUCGCAUGAAGCCGAAGCCCUGAUCCCUAAGACGCUCGUCACUCGCGACAUCAUCGGCAUCCGCAAUGCUUCGUUCACGUGGGCGAACGAGAAUUAUGGCCUAUCAACACCGGUAUCACCAGGCACACCUGGUAGAUCGCGAAGGAAUUUCAUGCUGCGAAUUGAAGACGAGUUACAGCUCAGACGUGGCCAUUUCAACCUCAUUGUUGGGCCUACUGGCUCAGGGAAGACUUCGUUCUUGAUGGCUCUACUCGGCGAGAUGCACUACAUCCCAUCAGGACCCGACUCGUACUAUCAUCUGCCUCGUACCGGCGGUGUUGCGUAUGCGGCGCAGGAGUCAUGGGUACAGAACGAGACCAUUAGAGAUAACAUUCUGUUUGGCGCCCCGUAUGACAAGGAACGUUACAACAAGGUCAUCGACCAAUGCGGCUUGAAACGAGAUCUUACGCUUUUCGAUGCCGGAGACCAGACUGAAGUUGGCGAGAAGGGGCUGACACUGAGAUUGUUGUUCAGUGGUGGUCAGAAAGGUAAUGAGGCUCGCAUUACACUCGCUCGCGCUGUGUAUUCGUCUGCAGAGAUUCUGCUGCUUGAUGACGUCUUGGCCGCUCUCGACGUGCAUACAGCCAAGUGGAUCGUGGACAAAUGCUUCAAAGGAGACCUCGUUCGUGGUCGGACUGUGCUGUUGGUGACGCAUAAUGUGGCAAUGGCCAGCCCAAUCGCCGACUUCGUCGUGUCCCUUGGUACGGAUGGCCGAAUUGCCAGUCAGGGUACGUUGUCGAAAGUGUUGGCUAAGGACAAGGAACUGUCGAAGGAAAUCGAAGAGGAGAACAAGGAGAUCGAGAAGGCUGAGCACACCGUCGACGAUCAACAACCAAAUGAGGAACCCAAGAAGUCGGACGGAAAACUCAUCCUUUCCGAGGAAGUUUCUGUCGGGCAUAUAUGGUUCCUCGGUCACUGGGCCCAACAGUACGAGGAACAUGAUCCUUCCGAGGUCAAUGUGCCAUUUGUCCUACUGCUUUGUGCGGCAACCCUCUACGGCAUUGGUUACAUCGUCUAUGUCUACGGCGCACUGAGAGCCUCGCGCUCCAUACAUGUAUCACUCAUCCAGUCUGUCCUCGGUACGACUCUGAGGUGCUUGACAAACACCGACAUCUCGAAUUAUCACACGGUCUACAUGAAGGCACAGUUAUCGGUGAAGCGCGAAAUGAGCAAUGCACGAGCUCCCGUGCUUGGGCAAUUUGGUGCUGCUAUCGCUGCUUCCAUUCGGGCGUACGGAGCGCAGGAAGGGUCUUGCUGCCUACUUGUGUACGGGAGCACCUUCAAUGCGUCCAAUACUGGUUUCUCACUGAACAUGGCAGGUCGUUGGAUUCAGUGGUAUGAUAUUGGGUGGGUCCGUAUCUUCAACGAAUUCGAGGUGUCAGGCAACAGUUUGGAGCGCAUCGAACAAUAUGUACACAUAGAGCAAGAACCAAAACCAACUGCUGACGGUGUUCCCCCUGCAUACUGGCCAGCAAGUGGUGGACUGAAGGUGGACAGACUGUCCUCUCGCUAUUCUUCGGAUGGCCCUCGCGUCUUACACGAGCUAUCUUUCGAAGUGAAGUCAGGCGAGCGUGUAGGCAUCGUGGGUCGCACAGGUAGCGGCAAGAGCUCACUGACACUCUCGCUAUUGCGAUGCAUCCUCACGGAAGGCAAAGUCUACUACGAUGGGCUUGCAACCGAUGAGAUCAAUCUCGAUGCGUUGCGUUCAAACAUUACGAUCAUUCCUCAGUGUCAGAUUUCGAGUGGCGGGAGCAAUUUAUCAGUUGGUCAACGACAGAUCCUUGCGUUGGCAAGAGCUAUCGUACGUCAGAGCAAGCUGUUGAUCCUUGAUGAAGCAACUUCUGCGAUCGAUUAUGCGACGGAUACUGUAAUCAAGAAUCUCUACGGAGAGAAUUGGAUAAGGGUGUCACACUGCUCACGAUUGCUCACCGUUUACAAACGAUCAUGGACGCAGACAAAAUCAUGGUCUUAGAUGCCGGCCGUGUUGUUGAAUUUGGCAGUCCUGGGAAUUGCUCAAGAAACCGAAGGGCCUGCUCAAGGCAUUAGUAGAUGAAAGCGGAGACAAGGAGGCUCUGUAUGCCAUGGCGGAAGGGACCGCUUCCGCGUCAUGAAAAGAGGUCGUGAUCUGGCUUUAGUGGGUGUCGGGAGCACUCAUCAUGGACAUAGACGAACUGUAUCUUUAUUUCGCCG